AUGAGUGUGAAAAAUGAAUUAGUUGAAUCAAUGGCAGAAAUGAUUGUUGUAAUGUUAAAUGAAUGCGGUGGAAAGGAAUAUUCCAAAACACUUGCAAUUACAAUUCAAGUGAUUCCUUUCUUCACAGAAAUUUUCAAUAAUAUUACAAAAGAUAUCGAUAAAACAAGCGUUCAAACUGCAUCGCAGCGAUAUCUACAAUCAAUACUGCAAAAUAUUGACAUGUUUUCACAACAACAACCUGAAUUUAAAACCAUUAUUGAUUUUCUUACGAAAUUCAUGAAUUUUGCAAGUAUCCUCGGCGUAGAAAGAUUAUUUGCGUCCAUUUAUGUUACUGCCGUUCAAUUUUGCCAAUCUGAUAGUGAUAAUCUCAAUUUAUUAACACCUUCAUUAACUCAAUUGCUUAGUAUUCCCGCUCUUGCAAACAAUUUUAUCGAAAAUGAUGGACUUAUGUUUGCAAUAUUCCAAAAAAUGAUGAAAAAAAAGACAUUAUUGAGCGAAACGGCGCUAAAAAUUAUAUUCGCAAACAUUCAUAAAUACAAUCUAGCUCUAGAUGUUUCUAGUGCUUCCAAAAUUUUCCAAAUUGUUUCUCAAUCUUUUGAUUCUUUAUUAUUAGACGAAUCCAAGCAAUUUUCACAACUUAUAUUAUAUCUUAUACAACUAGAUCCUAAGAAACUUUAUCCUCUUGCUAUUGAAUCUGGCUUAUUCGUACAAAUGAUUCACACAAUUGUAAAAUUACAAGAUGUGUCCGACUCAGUUGCCACGAUACUAACAGAUUAUAUUAACAUGAAUCCUGAUCCAUCACAAUUACCACCCGCUAUCGGUUUUUUAGUUGACGCUCUUACAAAUGAAAAUUUAAUCAAUCCUGACACUUACAAUACCUUACUAACUUCACUCGACCAAUACAUACAAGACAGAAAGCCUUCUGAAGACAUUCUGAAAUCCCACCUUAUCAGUCCAAUUGCUUUUUCCAUGAAUCUGUCAAAUACAAAAGCUGUCGAAAAAUAUAUCGGUAUGCUCGUUUACUUAAGAUAUACACUAAAUUAUAACAUACUUCCAAUCGUACCGGGAAUUCUUAGAUUUUGUAAUUUGACUACAGCUUUAAAUGUCGAUCUUACGGAUUUAUUUCAUUUACUUUUACAAAUGGAUACAGAAUUCCAACCUUUUGCUCUCUCAUUUUUCGCGCCUUUCGUUACAACUCUCAAUUAUUCCGACUCAAAGGAGUUGUUCAAUAAAUAUCCGCAAUUAGUAUUGUUUUUACAAAGAUUUUAUGAAUCCCUCCCAAAUCAACAAGAAAAGAACAAAAUAUUAAAAAUAUUUAUUUCAAUCUUUGCAGAUCUUGACAAUAAGACCGAAGCGAAAUAUUGUUUGGCCCAACUGCUGCAAGGUGCUUCCGUUUAUCCACAAAUUAUCGAUUAUCUUAUGAAUUAUAUCGAAAUACAAAAAGAUUCAAGCUGUUUCGUAGAAGUACUUAUGAUAUCAUCAAAGUCAUCAUCGCUACUUGCGGAAUACCUCAGAUUAAAUACAAUUGGAACCGUAAUUCAGCUUUAUCAAAUGAAAUUAUUGGAUAUUAAGACUUUGGUUAACUACGUUAGCAUAUUAUCACAAGGUAGAUUUAUAAGAGACUAUAACCGCAUGAUUUCGGACUAUAUUGACAGAUUAGAUAAUUUUAAUUUAUCUCCAGAGGAAUUUUUAAGAUUUUCAUUUGGUAAAAUGCUUACUGAUGAAAUAUCCAAACCGAAAGUCUGCUUCCCAACCCUUAUUCAAAGAGCAGAACGAUAUGAUAUUACGGAUCUCUACGAUCUCCUUCUUAUUGAGCUAUAUGGUGAAUACGAGAACCCUCUAGAAAGUCCCUACUUACCACGAAUCUCAGGAACUUACGUUUGCCCUAAAUUAUCCAAAAAGAUUGCGGACAAUUCUUUAUUAUUCAAAGCGUGUUCAUCACAUGAAGAAAACAAGUUCCCCUUAUUCCAGUUUCCUGGCGAAGAAGCCAAGUUUUCCAUCAAACAUGACGAUAACAUUUCAAUUUUAACUUUUUGGUUCAAAUUAAUUGAAUCAAAAAUUUCUGAGUUUGUCACUUUUCAAGGUGUAAAGUUAACCUUAUCCAAAAAAGGACUUAUGCUUGACAACAACUUGAUAAGUAAGAUAGACUCGCAAAACUGGUAUUUCAUUUAUUUGAAAUCCGAUGACAAUAAUUUGAAUAUUUACGUCAAUGGAAAAUUAGAAGGAAACACGAAAGUUGUUGCGAAAGGGAAUACGACAAUUGGUGGAAAAAGCACCAAUUUCAUCACUACAAUCAUUAGAAUGUAUGAUCAGAAAUCAGAUGAAAUGGAUAAUGUCAUGAAAAACGGUUAUGACUGUUUGAAAAAACUGAAAUCAUUAUUACACAUUUCUCCAAACGAGUUUUUGGAUAUUGAUUCCAAUUAUUCACUUCCUAAAUGUGUAACAGGAUCUCCGCAGAUCAUUCCGAACUAUCCGUUGCCUAAAUACAUAAGAAAUGUUUUGGGCGGAUUCCAUUACAUCCUCCAAAAAUUCUUUGAAAAGGAAAUUGACGAAAAAGACGGUUUGAACUAUUUAGAAGGUUUAAUUAAUUAUCAAAGAAGAGGAGAAACAGAUUUCGACAAUCUUAAGUUUGCGGAAAGAAUGUCUGUCAUUGCUUCUUUCUUUGAAUUCUCAUCAGACAUUGUCAAAUCAUUAAUUGAUUUAUUUACGAAUCCUAUUGUUGACUGGAUUUCUUUUGAGUCAUUUUUCUUGGAUAUUGAUAGAUUGAUGACUUCCAGUUACAAAUCAAUUAUUUUUGAUACAUUACUUGAUUUGUCAUCGAAAGAAAAAUUCCCUAAUUAUUCAUUAAAUGUGUUGUUGUGGUUACUUUUAAUUGGAACAGAACAAUCAAGAGAAAUCACUCAAAUUGUUUCAAAAUUAAAAGCUGUCCACAAAAUUUCAACAACAUCUUUAUUCGCUUCUUGUUACAAAUGCCAAUGUUUUCCUUUAUUAGAUCCUAAUCUUAUGUUUAAUAUCCUUGAAAACACUGUUAGUUGUUCACAUUUGUUGUAUAAUUUACCACACGACGUUGUCAUGAAAGUUGUUUAUAAUAUACAAUUCGAUGACAACAUGUCAAACAUCCUUAAGAAUAUAUUGAUUAGUUUGAAUCAACAGAUAAUGUUUGAAGACACAUGGUCUGCAAUUAUUCAUAUUGUUACUCAUGGUUCAUGUAGUGAUUAUAACAACAUAAAUCUCCAGAAUUUUGAUAUAAAUUUGAUUUUUCCUUUCUUGUCAUUAAUUGGUUCUCUUGUUUAUGGAUCAAGUAUAUCGAAACAAGAUAACAAAUGGGCUAAAAUAGGUACAACAAUAUUAGAUGAAUUCUCAAAUACUGUUAUACCAAAACAAAAGAAAUUUGGCCAAGAAUUUACAAUGUGGUCAUCAAUUUUAAUGUGUCUUGGUUAUUCACUUUAUAAUGAUGACAGCAUUGCUCCUGAUCCAACGAGAUGCGAAGUAAUCUUUGGCUUCAAACCACGUCCAUCGCAGAAGAUGAGACGUGUUUCAGAUGCUGGUCCAAGAAUAGGAGGAAGAAGAAGGAGUUCAACAGUUAAAAACCUCUUCCAAGACAGCAAAAUACAAUUUAUGCCGGCAUCAAGUCCAAGAAUUCCUAAAAUUGCUGAUGAUGAUUCUUUCAUAAAUAAAAAAGUUUCAGGAAAUGUUUCUGAAAGUGAUAAUGUUACAGAUGUUUCUGAUGUUUCAAUUGAAGAUCAAGUUAACUCCGGUUCCCAAGGACGGAUCAAUUUCUCAUCUCCUCCUUCUCCUCCUUUAUCUGUUCCUUCUUCAACGUAUUCAACAUAUUCAUCUUCAUCAAGGAAACUUACAAAAACAACUGUUCCUUCUUUUAAUGGUCUUAACUUGCCAAUUCCUCAAUUACCAGGUGUUAGCAACAAAGUUGGAUCAUUGCCAAAAAAAACUCCUGUUGUUAACUCUAAUUUGAGUUUUCCUGCUUCUGUAGAAAACUCUGCUUCUUCAUUUAUAAUAAGCGGAUUACCAGGAGAAGUCAAAUUCAACAGCAUGAUUGAAAAAGAACUUGAAGUAACAAUUAAGAAGUCAAUUCCUUCUAAAAUUGAACUUAAUCCAGGUGCAAACGUUGUUAUGGUUAUUCCAAAACAAACUGAUGAAUUCUUUAGUCCUCUUUUCUCUGAUAUUGAUGAUUAUUUACAUUAUUGCACAGAACUCUUCAAAGAUGCAGAAAUAGACAAUGAAAACCAAACAGUUAAUGAAAAUGUUAUGGAAAGCGUUGCAUUAUUUAUUAAAAAUAUUGUUGUAACAUCAAAUAAUGCACAAACAAUUCUUAUUCCUCCAUGUUCAAGUUGUCCGAAAUCUUAUACAAGUAUGUUACUCAGCAAAAUCAUUAAUUUACUUCUUACUAAAACAGAACAACUUGAUAGAACUAUUUUCUCACAUGUCUGCAACUUAAUUUUAGAUGGUUGGCUCAAUGAACAUACAGAAGAAGUCCUUAAUUUGAGUAUAAGGAAAUGUUUCGAAGAUAAAUCUCUUAUUAACACUAAUUUCCUUCUUUGUUUGGCUUUUCUGCCAAGAAUUACAGCAACUCUUGGUGAUUUGAUUAACGAGAAUUGCGAAUGGAUCUUCAACAGUGAUAUCAUCAAAGAAUAUCCUUAUGUUAGCGCAUGCAUAUGGCAAACAUGUAAAAUGGUUCAUAACAUGGAUAAAAUUGUUGAAUUUCUUAAUAAAAGUAAUGAUAAAUGGCAGAAAGUGUUUAAUGAUCAAUCAGACAAUCCAUUGCAAUCUGCCAAAGCAAUUCAAUCUGUUAAUGAAGGAUGCCAACAUAGAUCUGAACAGAUGAACGAACGUCUUCAAAAAUCAAAAGCAUCAACACAUGAAAAAAUUGACAAAAUAAGAAUUACAGGAAAUGAAUUCAUUUCUAACAUCAGUCAGAUGACUGCUAUGGCAAAUACUGUUACUGAUUUACUACGCCGCAUGUAUCUUGAAAGCUUUGAAUGUAGUUAUUGCAUGACAUUACGUAAGAAAGAAUUAAUUUCUUGGUCAAUUUCUAAAUUUAAACCGCAUAAAAGUGACAGAAAAUGUUUGACAUUUUUAGGAGACACAUUUCUUCCAUCACGAAGAUUUGAUCCAUCUCCAUUAGAAUACGAAAUGCCUCCUUAUCCAGGUGGCUCCAUUCCUGAUUUAUACAAGACAUUGUACAAAGAGAAUAUCUUUGAAGAAACUUCUCUUUAUCACUUCACUUGUAGAAUUUAUCCACCUGUCUCAGAGAUUGUCGAUGAAAAACAUAAAAUGUUCUGUUGGAAUUUCGAGAUAAACACGAAUCUUCGUUUAUGGAUUUUGGAGAAUUUGUUAAACGAAGGAAACGAAUUCAAGAACAUUUUUAAUUGCCACAUUCUUUGGGGAAUUGAUCCACUCGAAGGAGUUAUCUUAAUAACACAGAAUGAAUUCAUUUUCCUUGAAGGAUUUAGGUACAACAAAGAAAUAGGAUUCGAAGUCAUCGAACAGACAGAAAGUGAAAACCUUUCAAUGAGAUAUUACGGACACAUAAUAUUAAAUAACUAUUUUGGAAAGUCAUUCACUUUCUUCGGUCAUAUCUCAUUCAGACUUUGUUUGAACGAGCUCAUUGAUAUAAGGAUUCAUAAUUGGCUUCAGAAGAAAUCAUCUGCUGUAUUAACUUUCAUUCGUGGCCAACAAUUUGUUGUUAUAACUGAUGUUACAAAUAACGUCAAAUUUAUUCAGAUUUUGGAUCAAAUUAUUGAACAAACAGACCAAAGUCUUCCUCCUUUUGUAUCAUCUUUUAUGACACCUAUCAAUACUUCACGUCUUCUUCGUAAUACAUCACUCAAAGACAUAACAAACAAAUGGGUAAAUGGAGAUAUCUCGACAUUUACUUAUAUUUGCAUUGUCAAUAUUCUGAGUGGAAGAACAAUUGUUGAUCACACACAAUACUAUGUUUUCCCAUGGGUAUUGAGUGAUUACGAUAACGAAGAUGUUCGUGAAAGUUCGUUAAGAGAUUUAAGAUUACCAAUGGGCCAACUUCCUUCAGAUAGAAAGAAAGGUUAUGAUAAUACUUACGAAGAUUCUGAUCAUUCUUUCUAUUAUGGAAGCCAUUAUAUGCAUUUCGGUGUUGUUCUCUUCUUUAAUUUCCGUGCAGAUCCAUUCUGUUUGCUUGGAAUUCAUCUCAACCGUGGUUGGGACCAUCCAAACAGAAUCUUCACUUCUGUUUCUGAUUCAUGGCGUUCUGCAAGUUUCUCAACUCCCGCAGAUGUUAAAGAACUCACGCCACAAUUGUACAACAGUCCUGAAAUCUUGAAAUCAACAUCAUUCAGAUUUGUUUCAACAGAAAGAGAUGCAAGCUUUGUUGUUCUUCCAAAAUGGUCAUCAUCUGAAUACGAUUUCUCCCAGAAAAUGAUGUUUUCUCUUGAACAAGAAAAAGUUGGAAAAGGAAUUGGAAAUUGGUUCGAUCUCAUCUUCGGAGAGAAAAGCCGUGGUGAACUUGCAAUAGAAAGCAAGAACUUGUUCCAUCCUUUGACAUACGCAGAUAGAGUUCAAAGUGAUGAUCCUCUUGAAACAGAAGCAAAUGAAAUGUGUAUUUUGAAUUUCGGACAAUGUCCUGAACAAAUUUUCACCAAAACUCAUCCGAAUCAAAAGAGUAGUUACACAUGGAAUUUGAUGACAAAUCGUGAUUUGUUUAUUCAACAAAUCAAUCCACAAUCAGAUAAGGCAUCAUAUUGUCUUGUUUAUGAAAAUAAUUUGUCAUUCUUUGAUGAAAAACAAUUUAUUCUUCCAGAAAUGAAAUCGCCAAUUAACAUUAAUUCUCUUAUUCAUCAUAAUUACUCAAAAUAUUGUUAUUCUAAUGAUGGAAUUUAUCUUUGCACAUCGAUCAAAGAAGGUCUUGUUAUUAUUUAUAGAAUCUUUUAUAAGAAAGAACAAGCAACAAAUGCAGCAUUGAUUGAUAAGUUUUAUAUUGAUGGAAAAAUCACAAGUUUAUGUAUUAGUUCUGUUCAUUAUAUUUUGUGCAUUUCAUAUGAAAACAAAGUUGAUGUUUAUGACAUCGGAACAAGAACAAUUCUUCAUAAUAUUGAAACAGAUUCAUUGAUAAACAAAAUUAUAAUUGAUGACAAUUCAGGAAUUAUGUUCUUUGUUCAUCAUCACAGUGUUGAUUCAUAUAGUAUCAGUAGUGAUAAAUUAUAUACAUUUGCUAAUGAAAACAAUACAAGAAUCACAUGUUUCAAAUCUUCUAAUUUACCUACUUCUUUUGUUGAUCGUUUUGUUGUUUUGUGCAGUGAAGAUAAUAGUUUGAAAUUCAUCCGUACAUGCGACAUGAGCCUCAUUUCGAGCAUCAAUCUUCCUGUUUGCGCUGAAAAUGUUUUUAUACAAGACAAAUGUUCACGUCUUGUGUUUGUUUCAUCAGAUAAAAGAUGGUUCAGCGUUGAAAGUCUUGAUUUAUCAGUUGAAUACCCUCUCAAGAAGACAUAUUGUGUCAAUUGCUGUGUUUGUGGAAGCGAUUUGAACAAAUCAAUCGACACUUGUGAUAAAUGUGGUCGAUUCCUUUGUUCCAAAUGCAAACAAUUGUGCAAACACUAA